ACACAAUAAUCCUCUUAUGUCUUGUUUCCAUAAUUUUUAUGAAGUGGUAGAAAUACAAGUAAUAUGGAAUUAAUAUCUGAGACACCAAUCAAGUCAAGCGUUCUUCUUAUUCUGAUUAUUAAUGCUGCACUCCCUGUGGUUUCUGAACAAACAAUGAAGAAACAAUCACCUCAAACAGAAAAAAUUUUGAUCUGUCUUACCAAUAUGGAUCGUCUAGAAUCAUCACAGAUAUUUACUGAUGAAAACCAAAUCCAAAAUCAAUCCUGUUUGGAUGGCAAAAAUUCGACAAGAAGAAAAUCUUUGAUGAAUGAAGCCAGUGAAUUUCAGGUUAAUACUGUAGAAGUUAAUGUUUUGGAUGCCAUAACUCUGAAAGUCAUCAUGAAUAUUUCUGGGAAUAUAUCUUGUCACUGGAGCUUUAAGAACAGCAGUAUUCAACAUGAUGUGAAGAACUGCACAUUGUACAGGCAAGUUACGAGUUUCACAAUUACUCGAAUCAGGGAAAGGCAUGCUGGUAUAUAUACCCUCACAGUUGGAAGUGGAAGCACAAACUAUACAAUUAGCUUUACAAUUGUUGUUAGAGCAAAACCCAGGAAGCCAAAGUUGACUAUGAAAGAAGUGGAAGGCAAUACUAUAUUGGAUUGCACAACAGAAAAUUACUUUGUCCCUGAGCUUACUUGGAGACGUAAUUGUACAAGUUCUUCACGUAUGGACAAUGAUAAACGUAUUGAAUCCACCGGAUCAUUUGGAGUGACAAGACUUAGGAAUGAGGUUUCUAUAAAGAAAUUCAAUCAUGGUAAUGAAUGUUGUUGUGCAAGUAAUAUCCAGGGAUCAGAGUGUUCGAGUCUUCACACACUAGAUCUUAAUAUCAAAGCAGACAAAGAAAGUUCAGUCCUGCAUGUUUACCUCAAAGUUGGUGAUCCAUUUCUGAUAAGGUGUAGAGCCUUAUAUGUCAAUUACAAAUUCAGGAUAGACUGGAUUAUUGACACAAAAGCAGGAAAUACAACAAAGGUCCUGGAAUAUAGUGAAGCAUUUCGAACAGCUGGAUUUGACAGGCAUAAGUUCCUGUUUGUUAAUUCAGUAAGUUUGAAAGACAGUGGAUCAUAUACAUGUACUUCUACAAAGCAUUCAAACAAGACGAUCAACUUAAUGGUAUUUGAGAAAGGAUUUAUAAAUUCAUCAACUCUAAAUGAAGUGUAUAGUGUCAGUGAAAAUGAAUACUUCUGCUUUGAAGCCAAACUUAAUGCACAUCCACUUAUAAGAUGCCAGUGGUAUUUUUCCAAAACAAUCUUCCCGUGUGAACUCACAAAUUUAUCUGGAAACAGCUUUUCUGCAUCAUUUUGUGAUCAUGGACAUAAACCUGGAAUCUACGAAUUAUUUGCAGAAAAUGAGGAAGCAGAAUUUCAGACGUCUUUUACUUUAUAUGUGAAGACAAGGCCAUCUCUGGAGCUUUCAAUGGCCAAAAGCCAUAUUUCAUGCAUGUCUACAAGUUAUCCUUCAGCCAGAUUAAAUUGGAUAAAAUGCAAUGGAGAGCUUUGUACCGAAGGAGAGCCUGUCACUGAAGGUAUUCAGAUUGAGCUGUCAGAAGGAAAAGAAUUUGGCUCCAAUACUACAACAAGUGUACUGGACACAAGCAACAUGGUGGGUGGGUUUUCAAUGAAGUGCUGUGCAGAAAAUACCAUAGGUUCAAUCUGCAAGGAAAUCUUUCUCCCAAAGCAAGAUGUGAAAUUCUUGCAGUCUCAUUUCUACAUCACAUCUGGAAUCUUUAUUCCAGCUACAGUUCUGUUAAUUGCUUUCAUAUUCUACAGAUAUAAGAAGCAACCUGGUUAUGAACGACAACUUCAGAUGAUACAGCUCAUUGGAUCUUCUGAGAAUGAAUAUAAUUAUGUUGACUUUAGCCAAAUUCCGUAUGAUGUAAAAUGGGAAUUUCCUCGAGAAAACUUAGAACUGGGGAAUGUACUUGGCUCUGGUGCAUUUGGAAAAGUAGUUGAAGCUACAGCAUAUGGAAUUAGUAAAGUAGAUGUUCCUGUCAAGGUAGCUGUGAAGAUGUUAAAGGAAAAAUAUGAACCUUCUGAAAAAGAUGCCUUGAUGUCUGAGUUGAAAAUGAUGAUUCACAUGGGGAACCAUGAAAAUAUUGUGAACCUUUUAGGAGCUUGCACUCACUCAGGUCCAGUUUAUUUAAUCUUUGAAUAUUGUUGCUAUGGAGACCUUCUUAAUUACUUAAGAAAUAACCGGGAGAAAUUUCAUAGGACGUUAACAGAUGUCUUUGCACAUAAUAACUUCAGCUUCUAUCACAACCUUCACAAUGACCAACAGUUAAGGUACAAUGGCAGAAAUUUUCUGCAAAAUGAAUCGUAUAUACCGAUGAACAGAAAGACUGGUACCUUCUCACAUAUAAGUGAUUGUGAUUUAUUAUUCAUUGAGAAUGAACUAACUUGCCCAAUCAAUACAGUUGACUAUCAAAAUACCAGUAAAUAUGAAGAUGAUGAUCUACACGUCCUUACAUUUGAAGAUCUUCUCAGCUUUUCAUACCAAGUUGCCAAAGGGAUGGAAUUCCUCACUUCACAAAGUUGUAUUCACAGGGAUCUGGCAGCUAGGAAUGUGCUAGUGACACAUGGGAAAGUAGCAAAAAUAUGUGACUUUGGAUUGGCGAGGGACAUCAUGCAAGAUUCCAACUAUGUCAUUAGAGGCAAUGCACGAUUACCUGUCAAGUGGAUGGCUCCUGAAAGCUUGUUUGAAGGCAGUUACACAAUUCGUAGUGAUGUCUGGUCAUAUGGAAUCUUAUUAUGGGAAAUAUUCUCACUCGGUGUCAAUCCAUAUCCUGGAAUCCAAGUAGAUACAAACUUUUACAAGUUAAUUAAGAGUGGAUUUAAGAUGGACCAACCAUUUUAUGCAACAGAAGAAAUCUACAAUGUGAUACAAUCCUGCUGGGCUCUUGAUCCCGGAAAAAGACUUGCAUUUUCAGACUUGGUUUCCAUUUUUGAAAAGCAUCUUGCGGAUGCUGAAGUAGCUCUUUACCACAACAAUAUGGAGUACAAAUGCAAUUCAGACUAUAAAAACCUACCCAUUAAUUCUCAGAAGAGUGCCCUGAGCCAGUCUGCAUCAUCACUGAAUGAAAACAUUCUACUGGAUGAAGACAUCAAAACAUAAUUUUUCUGCUGUACUGAUCAAUAAGACACGAAUAGCUUCACCGGACUCUGAAUGUUUUAUUUUUACCUUUAAACUAAUCAAUGAAUUUCAAAGCUGUUAACAUCUAGAAAGAUGUAAUGCUUCAAGCUAUUUGAUUUUUCUUGUGUUGCAGUUAAAUUGUUCUGGAAGUCAGAGCUGUCACAAAUUUGUAUGUUUAUUUUACAAACUGGUAUAUUUAAUAGGUCUACCAAAAUUAAGCCAUGUGGAUCUUAAAUCAUGAAAGUUGACUGAAUUUAUAAUGGAAAACUGGAAGCUGAGAGUCUUUUGAUCUGCUUAGUUAAAGAGGUAGGUUUUAAAGAACAUUUUGAAGACAGAGAGAGAGAAGAAAGAGGUGGAAAGGCAGAAAGGAUGAACAAAGAAUUUUCAUGGUUUAUUGUGCAGAUAUAAAGACACAAAAUUCUGGAAAGACUCAGCAGGUCAGACCACAUCUGUGGGAAGAGAAACAGAGUUAGUGUUUCAGGUCGAAGACUCUUCAUCAGACCCUCUGAUUUUAAUUUACAGCAUGGAUGACUGAAGGUACAGGUGCCAUUGAAGGGUUGGGUGGAGUGGGCUAUGCAGAAAAGGACAGGCUGCAGGAAUGCAGAACCCCUGAUAUGUUAUAAGGCUGGAAGAAGUUACAGAGAUUAGAAAGAGACAAGGGUAUGGAGGAAUUUGUGAAAAUAAAAACACUACUAGAGCACAUAGAAUAACUUUUUGUUUCCUUUCCCCAGAAAUUAAUUGAAUUGAGUAAAAUGCAUAUUAGGGAAUAUUUUGCAUGUUCUGUGGGACAAAUUUGAGUAAUAAAUCUUAUGUUCUUGUGUUAUAACCAGGGUAAUGUAAGUCUUGCUCACUUUAUCAUAUUGGGCAUUUUUUAAAAUUCAGUCAUGAGAUAUUGGUUUUGUUGAAAGAUGCACCAAUUAAUCCUCAUCAAUUACCUUUCAGCAGUGGGGCUUGCUAGACUAAUUCAGAAGUAAGUUGAAAGUCAAACACUUUGUUGUGGAUCUGAAGUCACAGCUCGGCUAGCACAGAAAACAAUGGGAGAUUUCCAUUUUUUGGUGUUUUAGAGAGACGCCAGAGCCGGAAGCAAAAAAAAACUGCUGGAGGAACUCGGGGGGGUCAGACAGUAUCUGUGGAGGGAAAUGGACAGUCGACAUUUUGGGUCGAGACCCUUCACCUGGACUUCCUCCAGCAGUUUGUUCUUGGUGUUUUAGGUGGCCAGUUGAGUAUUCAUGACAAUCCAGCAGUUUCUUAUCACCAUUUAUUCCAGAGUUAUUUAAGUAACUGAAUUAAAAUAUCUAAGAUAUGAUGGUGGGAUUUUAGUGCAUGCCUCCAGAUUAUGUAUCCAGGACUUUGAAUUGCCAGUCUGGUGACUGUGCACAAUGUCCCAAAACUCUAUUUUUCAUGUAUGUUAAAAUAUGAACAAAAUAGGACAUGUCAAAUCAGGUUCUUAUAUCUGCCCAAUUUGCAAACACUUCACCAUCUUACUCAACAUCAUCUUACCCAACCACUAGGAUAUGUGCAACUGUAUUCCAGAGGGAAACAAGCAAAUCCUUCCCUUAUGUAAGCAGAAAGGGCUGGCACUUUUUUCUGCCAUGGUAAAUCACAUUCUGAAACUGGCAAUGUUAUGGAGUCUCACCAUCAAAUCAGUUUUGUGUGUCUCCAACAAUUGACUUUAACAGCUUAGUUGGCUCAUAGAACUAUAACAGUAUCUUGUCAUGUAUACAACCAAUUAUUCUGAAGCAUUUAACUCUUGACUAUUUGUUUAACAAAAGGCAGGUUG